GAAAGCCAAAUACAUGUAUGCCAAUAACGAAAGUGAAUUUUCCUCAGAAGUCAGUCAAAGGUUUGGUUGGGAGGGUGAAAUGGUUUAAAGUGUCUAAACUAUCUACUAGAUCACCAUAAUCAUUUCAUCAGCAGUGCCAGAAGCUGGAGGUGAAGCGUGAUUCGAGAACCAUGUCGAAUGACAGCUGCACCCAUGUGGAUAAUCUCGUAAAGCGCUACUAUCUGCCGGUCAUGUACAGCAUCAUCUUUAUCGUGGGUACGGUGGGGAACAUCACAGCUCUGGUGGUGUAUGUGUUUAAAGUACGGCCCUGGACCAACACGACCAUCAUCAUGGUAAAUCUUCUCGUCAGUGACCUUCUACUCAUGGUCUCCAUGCCCUUCUUAGUUUGCUACUAUAACCUCAAUGAAACCUGGACACUGGGACUUGAAAUGUGUCGCUUUACGCGCUUCAUCUUUCAUUUUAACUUAUACGGCAGCAUCCUCUUCCUGACCUGUCUGUCCAUCUUCCGCUACGUUGGAGUUGUUCGCCUACCGCAAAGGGAGGACAUUAAGAAGAAGCGCUGGGGUGUGCUGGCCUGUGUGUUGGUCUGGGUUGUUGUGGUGGCCAUGAUAUCUCCAAUGUUUAACAACUUUGAAUUAGAUUACAAAGACAACAAAACCGUAUGUCCGGACCUCGCCAGCAGUAACACCAACUUCGCUUGGCCGUUUAGCUGGGUGCUGACUGUAGUGGGAUAUCUAUCGCCUCUAAUCGUGGUUUGUUUGUGUUACUGGCGUAUCAUCAGAACGUUAGGAAAGGGUCCUCAUACAAAGAGCAGGGCAAGAAUAAAGGCAAGAAGAGUUAUUGUGUUGAUAUUGACCUGCUUUAUUGUGUGUUUCUUGCCUUUUCACGUACUACGAGCUUUGAGAAUUUACACAAGGAUCAUGCCGAAUGUCACCUGCAUGUUGGACCACGGUACGCAAGCUGCAUAUGUGAUAUCAAGACCGAUCGCUGUUCUUAAUAUAGUUUUUAAUAUGAUGCUGUACACAUUGUCUGGGGAUUCCUUUAAACAGGCCUUCAUGGAUUUCUUCAGGUGUAAACAGCUCACGGAAAAGGCUAAAGAGAUUUUUAAGGUGGCUGUGAUCAACAAACCCUCAUCCGACUUAGAGUAGCAUAUGAUUAAAAGAAGUGAAAUGUUCAUUUUCCUAAAACACAUAAAUCCAAAUGGGAUAUUUCCUUAAAUGAGCUAUUGGUAAGGAAAAGUCACGCACUAAAGCCAACUUCUGAGAGACAAUAAAAUGACCAAUCAUCAUGCACAAAAAUUACUUCCUUACUCAGUAUUUAUGUCUUGUUUUCAGUACAAUUAUCGGAAAUGCUUAAGAAAAUAAUUAUUUCUUUUGUUUUUCGAUUUUUGUCUCUCAUUUACAGGUAAUACAUUUGUGAUAUAUCACCCACACUGUAAAAAGUCGACCCCUACUUAAACCAAACCCUGUUUUAUAAAUGUCUAGACUUUUUUAUUUAUAUGUGCUUUCAUUUAUGAAAUGUGAUUUUUUUGCUAAGCAAAACUUUUGAAAUUCAUGGCUAACAAUUUGUAAAGUUGCACUUUUUGUUUUUUUCUCUUUGCUGAAACAAUUAAGACGUCACCUAAAUGAUCAAAUAAUUUGUAAAUAUGUGUAACAGUUUAAGAUAAUAUUGCAGUGGACUGUGUAAAGACUGUACUGUGUGAUACAAAUCAAAGUGUUAUUUUGGUCACACCUGUAUGAAUGAAGGAUUUAAACAUCUUAUAAAUAUGAGCAUUCAGUGACAGCUGUUUCAUCAUAGUCUGAUGUGAAUCUAUUGUUUAGUUAAGCUUAACAGUAAAGCAAGAAGAAUAUCUAGAGUUUCUUUUUUGAUAUGCCAUCCAAAUGUUUAGCGUGAAGUUUAUUUUCUCAACUGUUAGUGAAGACUUACACUGCUGUACAUUGGUAAAAAUAUAUAUUAUAUAUAUAUAUUAUAUUAAACAAUACAUUUUUAAAAAUUGCUAAACCUGUGUGUAUGUC